GGUUACUGAAAUAAUGGCGCGUUGUGCCGGUUACUAAAUGUUCCAAGAUGUAUAAAUUAAGUAAGAUACAAACGUCUUAAUCUAGGUAUUUACCUGACUAUAUAACUUGUUUCUCGAAUAUUUUAGCUUUAUAUAAAACCUUUCAUACGUUAAAACGUUUGAAGCUUUAUGGUGUUUUAUGACUACAUGUAAUAAGCUCACUUAAGAUUAUUAUUGUAUUUUGUGGUACGUCGAUGAUUGUACGCACAUAUUUGGGUAUCAUAACAGUCAAUUUAAUUGAAUGAUACGUAUGUACUACAAUGAUUUUUUCCGCAAUUAUAUGUUAGACAAUGGAUUCCCAAUAUUUUUGCUACAAGUGUAAACUCAGUUACAAAUCAACCGAUCAACUUUGACAAACUACCACAUGGGAUCUUGAACUUUCAUAUGAAGGAAAUAAGUGGAAACUAUGGCCGUGAAACUCAAAACUUCUCAAUAUUAGACAAAAAACUUAUUGCACAUAAAACAUCUAGUGACUUAUCAGUCAAUCAAAAUGAAAUGUUAUUUGGGAAAAUUGCUCAAUAUAAUCAGUUGCUAAAUGUAUCAAUUAUAAAUGACCUAAAGUCAGCCUGCAAACCGGAUGAAAUACACAUUACUCCUGAAUUCAAGAAAUCAGAUCAUACAUCAUGUUCUUCAAAGUCUUUACUUUACACAACAUUUAAAAAUAAAGACUUUUCAGGAAGCUCCUUAUAUAUACCUCUAUAUUAUGUUUGUUAUGACUUCGACUCCACCAGUUACUCUAAGAAGGAACGUAUAUUUAGAACAAUAAACAGAAACUCAGUUUGUCCAAGACUAAGGGAAAAUCCGGUGGAAAUAUCUGACAGAAGUACUAUAUAUCAUCAUUCUAUGGAUGUUAGAAAGUUAGUCCCAUGUGCUGUAAUAUACUGGUCAAAUGGAUCUGUCAGUAGUAUCAAUAGACCAACAGUACCCUGUUGCGUUGAUCAACUCCCUAUUUAUUUAUCUUCACGGUUAAAUUUAAAAAAAAAUAUACAUGUUUGUAAUGACUGUUAUAUGCGUCAAAGUAAAUCUACAAAUAGUGAAUUUCAACCAAUGAUUGUUCACGAUAUGCCAUAUUCACAAGCAAAUAAUAGUUUUUUAAACCGGUUAUUUAUAAAACUGAAAAGAUUUACAAAACUAAUUCAAAAAAUUUCAAAAUCCGAAACAACUGUUUGUUUUAAAGGUUUCAAAAGCUGCGGUAUUAAACAGUCUAUGCUAAGUGAGCAUAAACAGAAGAAUUUGAAGUUCUAUGCAGAUGAUAAAUCCAAGGCAAUGAAAUCACGAAAUUCGGUUAAACAAUAAUUAAGCAUCAUAUUUAUGAUUCAUCAGGUGGUCGCAGCUCACAUGAAAAAUCUUAAGUUAUGUUAUUCAUAAAUAUAUUAACUGAUUUGAUAUUUAAAAAACUUUUUAUCAACAGAUGUAUGGAACCAAGCUUUACACUUUUAUUUCUACAAGUAAUCUAAAGAUAUUCUUAAAAACACUUUAUUUUAGUUUUCUCAGAUAGUUGUCGUGUAUAUGUCAAAAAAUGUAUAAUGUGUCUUGUUAACUAAGUUGUAGAAUCCAUUAUUUAAAUGAUAUAUUGAUAUAGGUGGUAAUUGAUAACCUUGUCCCGUAUCAUAAAAGCUGUACAUUACUCUUAAAAAUGAAGAUAUAAAAGUAAACAAAACUACAGAUUUAAUUAUGUUUUGGUACAAAUAGUAAAACUUGUAUUUUAUUAUACGUAUUUGUAAUUAGUUAUCUAUUCGGGAAUAAGUGAAAGCAAAAUGAAUUGUCGAUAAACUGGCUGUUUAGGUCAUCUCACUUUGUAUUUACAAGGUUUUUUUUCCUACGGAGCAGUUUAUUAUAGCAACACAAGGUAUGCUCUUCCCAAUUACAAACGAAGAUAUUUAUAGGUGAAAUUUUCAGAAAGUAAAUGUUAAACAUGUUUUAAAUUCGUGUUACCUGUCUCCACCAAAAUAUUUAGUUAAAAUUAUUUAUAAAUUAAAACAACCUGGCUCUUGGAGAAGCUGAAAAAACAUUUACAUAUCGUAUACUUUGGAAAUUUAUUAUUUCAAGCUUUUUCUUUAUGUUUAGAAGCAACAUGUUCAAUCCUUU